CCAAGCCCCAAUUUUCGAUCUCCUGAAAAUCGCUUCUCUAUUUCCAUUUUUUUAGCCUCACCCAAAAAUUUAAUUUGGUUUCUUCCUCCUACUUGGAAAUCUCUCUCCCACUUCGGAGAGAUCGCCAUCUCUUCCGAAGCUCCUUUCCUUCAUUUGUUUUUGCAUGGCGGUUCCUCUUCGGGUCCAUUGCUAAAAGCGCUUCGAUUUGUUCUCAUCUUCUGCUACCGGAGAAGAUCUUAUGAGAUUUUCCAUCUAAAAGUUCCAGGCUUUAGCAUCAUCCCAAAGGCAAAAUGGACGAAAAUAACGGGGUGAAGUUAACCGGAAUCAGGCAGAUCGUUAGGCUGAAAGAGAUCCUGCAGAAAUGGCAGUCCGUCACGAUAGGGUCGGAUCCAGAUGGCUCCCUGACGGCAGCCCAAAAGCACGGCGGUUUCAUUUCACCGGCGAUCAGCAAAAGACUAAUGGAUGUGAAAAACUGCGACUCGGAUGAGGAAACUUGCCACAGUCCCGGUGCACCUCCCGAUGUCCCCGAGGGGUAUUUGGCAGUGUAUGUUGGACCGGAGCUUCGGAGAUUUAUAAUACCGACGAGCUAUCUCAGCCAUUCUCUGUUCAAAGUUUUGCUGGAGAAGGCCGAGGAAGAGUUCGGGUUUGAUCACAGUGGCGCUCUCACCAUCCCGUGCGAGGUCGAGACUUUCAAGUUUCUACUCAAGUGCAUGGAGAACCAAAGCAAAGAUAUCCCUGAAGACAGCUCUGCUGGAGAGUCAGUGGACAAGGAGGAGGAGUAAUUCAACACAGAAACGCCAUUGAUUAUUCUCAAGAUUUUGGUUAAUCCUCUUUGUUCUUUGUAUUUCACAGGCUUUUGUUUUUUCUUUCUUUCUUUCUUAUUCUCCGUUCCUUUAUUUUUCGAGGAGGAGAAAUGUUAGGGAAGUAAUUGUUUCUGCCAAGGGUUUUACAUUGUUUCGCAGGUUUGGUGUGAGGUGAAAAAACUAUGCCCUUUUUUGUAUGAUGUUCAAUUUUUGUCAAAAAAGAAAUAAUAAUAGAAAAUUCCAUAUAAA